GGUCGCGGCCCGCGCUCAUUGGCCGGGGGCGGCGCUCGGCUGUCCCAGGACUGCUCGCCGGCUCCCUGGAGUUUGGUGUCUGCUGUUAGCGUGGUGGACCCUGGAGCCCAGUGCGCGCCGGGGCCAGCCCGCCCGUCCCUUCGCGCACCGCCCGGCCUGCUCCAGGGGCUUGGCUAUGGACCUCCCUCGGUUCCCAGCCUUCCUUCUCCUGCUGCUGUCUGGCAUGGGAGCCAGAGACACCCUGAGGGCCUCCGCGGACCCGGGCCUGGAGAUCUACAAGAAGAUGUUGGAGGUGAAGCGGCGGGAGCAGCUAUUGGCGCUGAAGAACCUGGCGCAGCUGAACGACGUCCACCAGCAGUACAAAAUCCUGGAUGUCAUGCUCAAGGGGCUCUUUAAGGUGCUGGAGGACUCGAGGACAGUGCUCGUCGCUGCCGACGUGCUCCCGGAUGGACCCUUCCCCCAGGACGAGAAGCUGAAGGAUGCUUUCUCCCACGUGGUGGAGAACACGGCCUUCUUUGGCGAUGUGGUUCUGCGUUUCCCGAAGAUCGUGCACCACUACUUUGAUCACAACUCCAACUGGAACCUGCUCAUCCGCUGGGGCAUCAGCUUCUGCAACCAGACGGGAGUCUUCGACCAGGGGCCCCACUCACCCAUCCUCAGACUGAUGGCCCAGGAGCUGGGGAUCAGCGAGAAAGACUCCGACUUCCAGAACCCAUUUAAAAUAGACCACCCCGAGUUCCUUCCCAGCACCGACCCCUUCCAGAAGGCCCUUCGAGAAGAAGAGAAACGCCGGAAGAAGGAGGAGAAGCGGAAGGAGAUUCGAAAAGGCCCAAGGAUCUCGCGAUCUCAGUCUGAGUUGUAGCCCUGAGGCAGCUCGGGGUGGGAGGCGUGGGAGGCAGCCAGCUGUGUGGCCGUGGCCUGGCGGCAUCGACCUGCUGUGGACGCCGGUCCCUUCUGGGUGGGGAAGCCGCGCUUGCUCGGCCCCUCAGUGCUGAGCGCGAGCCUUGCUGAAGCUGUGCUUCGUGGACUGGAUUUCCUCCUCGGGGCCUCCCUGGCGGGGGCACUAGGGCUCUCCGAGGACACCCUGGGGAGAGUCCUGCAGCAGGCAGGAGAGGCGGCUGGCCAUUGUGGGAAGCAGCAGAGCCAGGUCUCCAAGCCACAGGUGAAGGUGCUGCGUCUGCUGCCAGCCCCCGGUCACCCAGCGUCAGCACCAGUCCCCGCCCCUCUGCAGACCCAAUAAAAGCCCCCAAACCUUUCAACCAACCGAGGCUGGUGAGGGGGCUCUGAGGGGACCAGGGGUCCUCAGGGAUGCUGAGACAGCUUGGAUGAUGGCCCUGCCUCGCCAGAAACCCCAGGCCUUAGCAGGGCUUGGCCUAGGCCGCCUGUUCCAUCCUUAGCAUAGUCCCUGAUGAAGGAUCAGGGCUGGGAGGGGCUCCUGGCUCCUGGGGGUGGGUGUAGCCCGCGAAGGCCUUGGGGACAGUUAUUGGCGCCUGGUGCAGGGGAGUCAGCUUGUCCUCUGGCUGCACUGGAAGACCCUGGACCUGUAGGUGGGAGCUGCCCUGAGCUGGACUAGCGCCCACCUCAGACCUGCAGCGCAGGUCAGGGAAGCAGCAGGAGUCAGGCCCUGAGUGUGCAGCCUGGUACUCAGGCAGCUGCCAUUCAGUCCUGCCCCGCCCAAGCAGAGAGGGUGAGGCUUCCCUGGGAAUUCUGGGUCUGCCCCUUUGACCUUACCAGGUCAGGGUCUGCCUCUUAAAGGGACAGAGCACAUGAGCGUCCCCAGAUGUGUCCUGGCCUCCCACCGACUCAUGGGAGACCUGGGUCUUAGCCCAUCAGACUUGCUGGCUGACCUGAUGCACCCCUUCCUUCACUGUGUGUGCUUUCACUAGCAAAGUGAAUUUGAUGAUGUCAGAAUCCCCAGCCUAGCCCUAACCUACUCUGAGGCUGACCUUGCUUCUCUUCGCACAGCAGAGGGAAGGGAGGCCUCAUGAAAGGGCUGGAACAUCCUGCACCCCAUCAGUCACUCAGGAAAAAAUAAGGGGACAGGAAGCAGCUGGAAGAGAGCGGGGGCAGGGACCGGGGCGGAGGGGGUGGAGAAGUUUUCCCAUCAAAACUUCCCACCAGCCACUUGGGGCAGGGGAGGCAGGUCCAUCCCCAGCUCUGUCCUUCCAAGCUGGGCGACCCUAGCCACAUUUCUGUGAGGGUUACAUGAGAUGGUGGACAUGAGUUUGUGACCCAGAGGGCUGGCCCUGGAAAAGGGAUCAGACCUACUGUCAGCUGCUGGACCUGUCCUGGUGCUAGCAGGUGAGCCGGGGGCCCAGCAGGUGCAGGCUCUUCCUCCCCAUCAUGUGUCGUGAGUGGCUGUGGCUGCUGACUGUAGGGAGUGCAUAGCCUUGCCCUCAACUGGAGGGAGAGCUUUCUAAGAGCCAGGCCUGCUUGGCGGUAGACUGGCUUUCUUGGGUAGGGAAGGAGGUUAAAGGAUGGCCCAGGACCGUGCAGAGGUGGUUCCAGCUUGGGCUGGAGGCCCCACUGAGUGACUUCUAGGGACUCUCAUCAGCAGGAUUUCUAUAGUGAAGCAGAGCUGGGGAACCGCCCACCAGGGAGGAACUAGCCUGGCGCUCUCCGGGUGCUGCUGUCAUCAGAACCCGCCUCGCUCAGACGCGAGCCCCACCUCCGAAUGCCGGGUGGUGGGAAGGCUAGCAGCCUGUGCAAAAGGUCCUUGGAGCCAGCAGGCUUCUGGAAUAAAGUGGCUUCUCAGUGA